AUGGAACCACACCUAAAGUCUCGGGGCAAGACAAUUGGCGAUGGCGCCAGUGUCGCCUUCCAGCCUUACCACUCCUUAGGACAGGAACUGCAGCAGAGGGAUCCGACGCUGCUCUCCGAGGCAGUGGCUCUACUCGUGGUGCUGCUGACGCUGGUGUUCUGGAAGUUCAUCUGGAGCCGAAAGAGCAGUCAGAGAGCUGUUCUCUUCGUUGGUCUCUGUGAAUCUGGGAAAACGUUGCUGUUUGUCAGGUUGCUAACUGGCCAGUACAGAGACACACAGACGUCUAUUACCAAUAGUUCUGCCGUAUACAAAGUCAACAAUAACAGGGGUAACAGCCUGACUCUGAUUGACCUCCCUGGGCACGAGAGCUUGAGGUUUCAGCUCUUAGAUCGCUUUAAGUCUUCAGCUAGGGCUGUGGUGUUCGUGGUGGACAGUGCGGCAUUCCAGCGUGAGGUGAAAGAUGUGGCCGAAUUUCUGUACCAGGUCCUCAUUGACAGCAUGACUCUGAAGAACACGCUGUCCUUAUUAAUAGCCUGCAAUAAGCAAGAUAUUGCAAUGGCAAAAUCAGGUUCCAGCACCACACCUGCUCAGUUGGGGAAGAAAGGCAAAGAAUUUGAAUUUUCCCAGUUGCCCCUCAAAGUGGAGUUCCUGGAGUGUAGUGCCAAGGGUGGACGAGGGGACACUGGCUCUGCUGACAUCCAGCACUUGGAGAAGUGGCUGGCUAAGAUCGCCUGA